AUGGAAAUUAUCAAGAAGCUUUCUAGCAAGACCAGAGAGGAGGAGACCAUGCAGCUGGACCUGAAUGCCAGCACCUAUGAAGAGGAGACAAUUACAGAUCACUAUGUCUUACUAAAUACCCUCGGCAAAGGGGCCUUUGCUGAGGUGAAGCUGGCCUGCCACCGCCUUACAAAUAUGAAAGUCGCAGUUAAAAUCCUUGCGAAUGGUGAGGAGCGUGACGGUAAUAAUAGGAAAGAACUCAACUUCAUGAAAGAAUUGGACCACCCGUACAUAAUAAAGCUCUUCCAAAUCAUUGACAGCAAAGACCAUACCUAUAUGGUGUUGGAGUUUGCUGCACAUGGCGAUCUAGUCACGCUCAUUGAGGAGGGUGGCCCUCUUCAGCAGAAACAGGCCCAACACAUCUUCUGCCAGAUUGUGUGUGCAGUGCACUACUGCCACGAUAAUGACAUCGCCCACAGGGACAUCAAGCUUGAUAACAUCCUGCUUGAUGGCAAAGGAAACAUCAAACUGUGUGACUUUGGCAUGGCCAUCAGAGUCAGCUCUGGGCAGAGAUGCAAGGGAUUCUGUGGCACUAUUGAAUACUGUGCUCCAGAGCUAUUUUCUGACACAGAGUAUGAUGCAAGGGCAGUUGACAUCUGGAGCAUGGCAGUGGUUUUAUAUGCAAUGGUGACAGCGAGCUUCCCAUUCAAAGCAAGAACCUAUCCAGACAUGAAGGAGGUGAUGCUGAAUCCCAUAUACUACAUUCCUUACACACUCUCUCAAAACCGUUUGCUUAUGCACCUCAUUGUGCACUUGUUCACUGUGUACCCUGAGCAGAGGCCCACAAUAUAUGACAUUAGGCAGCACCAGUGGAUCAGAGACAGGGAAGAAUUUUGGAAACUCCCAUCAUCCUCAGAGUCAUUCUGUAACAAACCAAAUCCCAGCAUUGUUCAGGCUAUGUGGGGUAUGGGCUACCAUCCCAAGGCUAUUAGUGAUUGUCUACGUGAGAAAAAAUUCAAUAACAUCAUGGCCACAUACCUAAUUUUAAACCAUGGAUCACCUCAGGACCACACUAAAUCUAUCACUAAUUCCUUGCAGGCCUGUGUGGCUGUGUCAUCAGCAGAUCCUCUCAUGUCCCUUCCUCCUAAGAGGAGAGUGAGUGAGCCUGCCCUUCCCACCCUCGCCCUGCUGGCUGAACAUCAGGGGCAUGAUGAGAAGUGUUCAAGCAAGCAGGGGAGCAGAAGUCUGAGCAUGCCUGCCACCCUGUGCUGCCUGCUGGAGGAAGAAAAUCCUCCCCACCCAGUACCCACAAGUUCUUCUGAGGUUACUCCUCUCCUGAGCAGAAGUCUGGCAGUAGGUAGCGUGGUUUGCAAUGAGUGGUCCUCAAGAAGCCCAGUAUCUGAGUGCAUUUCUUCUGCACAGUGUUUGUCCUGUGAGAAACCCCAGGAAGUGAGCACCCCAAAGAAUAGCUCAGAUGCUCAGAGUACACCCUCUGUAAGAAAGGAAAGGGAGACACCUCAGGGUAUGAGCACCACUGAAAUCCAUGUCACUCAGAGAUCUUCCCUUCAGACAACAUCCAAGAACAACUUAAAAGGUGUCCUUCCCAAAGAUGAAAGUGACAGCAAGCAGAAAGGAAAUGGUUACCACUAUAGAAGGAAUUCUGGAAUGUUGCUCCAGUUUGCAAGGUUCUUUGGGACAUCACCUUUUGUGGAAGCUCAUUUUCACCAACUGACAGAUGGUUUCUCAGAUAGACUAGAAAUUGAAAAUCUGGUCCCCAAGCACCGAAACAUCAAAACGGGGUCUAAUCCUAAAAGUGAUGGAAGAGGACAGGAGCGACUCAUCCAGACCCUGCACUUCUGGUUCCAGCCCUUCACACAAAGUCCCAGAGAUCCACAGAGUUGGACAAAGAAGAAACAGAGAUGGAAACAUGGAUUCAAACACAAAUCCCAGCAAGAGACCCACCUACAUCGCAUCAGCGGAUUUUAUCGGGCCACCUUUGGAAAUCAAGGCAGAGAAAAUGAUCUGUCCACAAAAGUCUGCAAAUAUGCAAAAGUAAACAAUAAGGAACCCAUUAGAAAACUGAACACAAAUUCAAUUACUACAGCUGACCCCCAUGCAAACACUACAAAAUUCACAUAA